UCUCGGGUGUGUAUGCUUGUUUCCGAGAGGCUGUGCGUAGGCCGAGGCUCAUCCGGAGUUAACGAAGAAGCUGGCCCAGGACAAUGGAGAAUCAUCAGAAACUGGCGGAAAAGCUCACCAUCCUGAAUGAGAGGGGGGAUGGGGUGCUGAUACGCAUGAACCACAUCAAGAAGAUUUGUGCAGAUGUGAAGCUGCGCCCACCCAUCCUUACAGACAAGAUCAUGGAGCCUGCCAUAAAAUAUAUCACUAAGAAAUUCCCCAAUAUCGACUUUCGGGGAAACAUUCAAAGUCUGACCAGCAUCCAGCGGCAAAAGUCUGAAGUGAUGGAAGCCACAACAAGCUACUACGACUCCUUUUUGGACGUCAUAGAGUUCAGGGACCACGUCUAUGAGCUACUGAACACCAUCGACGCCAGCCAGUGUUUCUUCAAUAUUGCCAUAAAUUUUGACUUCACCAAGAACUACUUGGACCUAAUAGUCACAUACACGUCGGUUAUCAUCACACUGGCGCGCAUUGACGAGAAGAAGGCUCUGGUGGGUAUGUUCAACUGCGCCCAUGAGAUGAGCAAAGGAAGCAGUGACCCCUCAUACCCACGGCUCAGUCAGAUGUUUGUGGAGUAUGAACAUCCCUGGAAGAAGCUCACUGAGGAGUUUGGCCCUCACACAAAGUUGGUGACAGCUGCUCUGCUGUCUCUGAGGAUGAUCUACCCGCGGAGAAACCUGCCAGUGGAGCAGUGGCGGAGCGCCCAGCUGCUCAGCCUGCUCAAUGCUUCGGCCACUAUGUUGGACCCGGCCUGCUGUGACACUAUGGCAUGUGAAUAUCUGUCUCUGGAAGUCAUGGAGCGCUGGAUCAUCAUCGGCUUCCUCUUGUGCCACAGCAGCCUGAAUAGCAACCAGUCCUCGCAGGAGCUGUGGAAAAUGGCUCUGCGCAGCGGCUUGUACAUCACGGUCACAAGGGACGAGCUGCUUAGCAUCCACAAAGUCUCCGAGGACCUCUUUGACAGCAUCAAAGGAUAUGGCAAACGAGUUGCAGACAUCAAGGAGUGCCGUGAUCAUGCCAUAGCCCACAGUGGGGCUCUGCAUCGGGAGAGAAGACACUUUCUCCGAGGAGCCUUGAAGGAGUUGGUAACAAUUUUGGAGGAUGAACCUGGACUGCUGGGACCUAAGGCUCUGUUUGUCUUCAUGGCCCUGUCCUUCUCCCGUGAUGAGGUCCAGUGGCUCGUGCGACACUCUGAGAACAUGCCCAAAAUAAAACAACCCGAAGACUACAUUGACAAUCAGAUGGCAGAGUUGCUUUUCCAUAUGGAGAAACUGAAAGGACUGAUGAGGAAAUACCACUAUGUAGUGCAACGCUACCACAUACAGUACCUGGCUCAGUUCGAUGCUUUGGUUCUGAAUGACACAAUACAGAACAUGCACGUGUGUCCAGAAGAAGAAUCUGUUCUGCUGAGUUCUUUCGUUUCAACGCUUUCUGUGCUUUCAGUUAAACAAGUGGAGAGUAAAGAGGAGUUUGAUUUCAGGGCUGUGAGACUGGAUUGGCUGAGAUUGCAGGCCUACACCAGCGUGAACAAGGCCCCCCUGCUGAUCAAGGACUACCCAGACUUGGCCAAGGUGAUGAACAUGAUCCAGUUCCACACAAAGAUGGUGGACUCUACAGAGGAACUCCUGCAGGAGACAUCAAAUGUGUCAAUUCUCUGUUUCUACCCAAAAGUGUUCAAGAAGAUGUUCUGCCAGAGCAGCGAAGAGAUGAUGAUGAAAAGAUACCUCAUGGCUUUCCCUUCUGUCUGCUCCCAUUUCCAGUGGUGUGGGCACCCUCUGUGCCCUGAAGAGGAGGAGGCGAUCGAGAAGAGGACUCUCCGCUUGUGCGGGUCCUUCCUGGAGCAGAUCGCCACUCAGACCAGCGCUACCAUUUUGGAGAUUUGCGCUGAGGAGUGCAAUCUCAAUGACAAGCUGCUGCCCAAACACUGCGUUGAAGCUAUCAGCGCAGCUCGCCACCGGAAGCAAAAGAAAGUCGUGCCCAAGAAAGGAGAAGUCCAGAAGGAAAAACCAGGAGCCGAAAGCCUGAGAAAGGACCGCACCAUAACAACCAACAUGGACAAGAUGCAUCUGAUGCUGAGCGAGCUCUGCUCCUCCUACAGCCUUUGCAGCGACAUGGUGCUCUACCAGCACGUCAUCGUUCCCACCGAGUUCCUCACUUCUCAUCUAGAAAUACGCCUGUCUGAGAUAAUUAUGAGAAUGGCAAACUACAACCAGACUACCAAGGAGAUCGCUCGGCCCAGCGAGGUACUGGCAGGGGUGAGGGCGUACGCCGCCAGCCUCCAGACGCUAACCAGCUACGUGAGCGUGGACGUGGCCCGGAUGCUGAAGAACGUCCUGCUGCAGCAGACGCAGCCGCUCGACUCUAGAGGGGCGCCCACGCUCACCCACUUGUACACCAACUGGUACCUGGAGAGCCUGCUACGCCUGGCUAGCAAUUCAGUGGUCGUGCAUAGUCCCUCCAUGCAGUGUUUUGUCAAUCAAAUAUCCGACAACAAUCCCGCCUUCAGAGCAGAAGAGUUCUCGGACAUAACAGAGCUGCGAGCGCUGGCCGAGCUGCUGGGCCCGUACGGCCUCAAGUUCCUGAGCGAGAACCUCACGUGGCACGUCACGUCGCAAGUCAGCGAGCUCAAGAAACUGGUGGUGGAGAACAUGGACGUCCUGGUGCAGAUGAGGAACAACUUUGAUAAGGCAGAAGAGAUGGCCAAUCUCAAGAGGAGGCUGACAGGAGCAGAAAACCUGCUGAAGAGGAUGACCAUCAUCGGAGUGAUCCUGUCCUUCAGAUGGAUGGCCCAGGACUGCCUGAAAGAGGUGCUGGAGAAGCACUGCCCGUUCCUGAUGGGGCCGAUCGAAUCCCUGAAGGACUGCGUCUCUCCCGACACGGACAUCAAGGUGACGCUAAGUGUCUUCGAGUUGGCUUCGGCUGCGGGAAUGAGUUGCGACGUAGACCCGGCGCUUGUCUCCGCUAUCAGAAGCAUGCAAACAGAUAACACAUCCAUAGACGCAGAGUACAAGCUGUCAUGCUUGCUGCUGGUCUUCAUCGCAGUGUCCCUGCCGAGCUUGGCCCUGGACCCAAACUCUUCCUACAGCCGAGAGCACGGCGGCCACAACAAUAACAUCCACUGUUUGGCGCUGGCCAUCAACCACGUGGCUGCCGCCAUGUUGACGGUGCAGAACAAGAACAUAGAGCAGCAUCUCAAAGAGUUUCUCCUGCUGGCAUCAUCCACUCUGCUUCAGCUUGGACAAAAUGAGGAGAAAGCCGAGAGCAAAAACAGAGAGUCCAUCUACCUGCUCCUGCACAUGAUUGUGGAGGAGUCUGCGUUCUUGAGUCAAGACAUGCUGGAGCGCUGCUUCCCGUACGUUCUGCUCCGCAACGCCUACAGAGAAGUGUACAAGUCCGUCGUCAUCCCCCUCGGGUGAAGACGUGCUGACAUUCCCUGUAAACGCUUUCGUUUCAAUCGGAGAAUUUGUGAUUAUGUUGACUUGAAUGCAAAUGAUAACAUACAGCAUUAAAUCCCGUGAUCACUCAGGUGUGUUGUGUCUGUGACAAGGGUUCAUUGCAAGCGCUGCACUUUUCGGACUGGAAAGUCGUUGAUGCCCGUGUGUAUUAUUCUUUCAAACUUUCCAUGAAUA